AUGGCGUUCAUUCCUCAAUUUAUCUGUGUCGCCUUUGCUAUUCUGCUGGUGGGUGUUGUCCACGGAGUCGAUUCUAAACCCAAGAUACAACAUCUCAUGGGCCCUGGUGAAGAGGGUCAUCGGCCUCCAGAGAUGGUGGACAGAGCUAGGUGUGAGGUCAGCGCAGACUGUGACUAUGGACAUAUCUGCGACGAGCACCUGAGAUGCACGAUGGGUUGCAAAGGUUCAUUCGACUGCUUCCGAGGUCAUACAUUACUGAAUGUGCUGGUUACCACGGCUAUUGCCUCGGGGAUGGUGAUUGCUGCUCGGGUAACUGUCGUGCAGAAUUCUGGACACUUUGGAAGUGGUGUGGGCAUGGAUGACGGCUGA